GAACCAGAGAUAAUCACAGACAAGAACCAGAUGAGACAGUGGUCAAGGUCCAUGAGAGCCAAAGGAAAGACCAUUGGCUUUGUCCCCACAAUGGGUUAUCUUCAUGAGGGUCACCUCUCACUUCUCAACGAAGCCCACAAACACACCCAACUCAUUGUGGUCUCUGUUUAUGUCAAUCCUGGUCAGUUCUCUCCCAAUGAAGACCUCUCCACUUACCCAUCUGAUUUUUAUGGUGAUAUCAAGAAGCUCAUGGCUGUUCCUGGUGGUGUUGAUGUUGUUUUUCACCCCCACAAUUUGUAUGACUAUGGAAACAACAAUUGUGGGGAUGAUGGAAAUGGGUUACAGAAAGAAGGGAUGAGAGAAAAAGACGGAGUGGUGGUGUCUUGUGUGGAAGAUAAGGGAUUGGGGCAUGAAACAUGGGUUAGAGUUGAAAGAUUGGAAAAGGGUAUGUGUGGGAAGAGUAGACCUGUUUUCUUUAGAGGGGUUGCUACUGUUGUAGCCAAAUUGUUCAACAUAGUUGAGCCUGAUGUUGCGGUUUUUGGCAAGAAAGAUUAUCAGCAGUGGCGAAUUAUUCGAAGAAUGGUCCGAGAUCUUGAUUUUGCUGUAAAAGUGAUUGGUUCUGAAAUAGUACGAGACAGUGAUGGCCUUGCAAUGAGCUCCCGUAAUGUGCACCUCUCACUUGAAGAAAGGGAACAGGCCUUGUCAAUAAACCGGUCCCUAUCGAAAGCUAAGUGUGCUGCAGAAAAGGGUCAAGUUAAUUGCAGAGAGUUGAGAAACUCAGUCAUUCAUGCCAUACAUGAGGCUGGUGGGAAAAUUGAUUAUGCCGAGAUUGUAGAACAAGAGAAUUUGGAAUCUGUUGAAGAGAUUAAGAGUCCGGUUGUGUUUUGCAUUGCUGCAUGGUUUGGGAAGGUCAGACUGAUUGACAACAUGGAAAUUAGCCUUUAAAAUCGGUAUAUAGACGGUGGGUGCUGACCUAAAAUCC